AUGCGGGAGGUCAAAGAAAAGUCAAAAGAUCCUGCCAUAAAAAUUGAGACUCAAUCUUUAGCAGAGGAUGACAUCCUCAACAGCAUUGAAAAUAAAGAGAAAACCUGCGGCCGGCGGUGUAGGGAAGGUGCGCCAAAAAAGAAAAGAAAAGAAAAGAAAACGUCUUUGCUGUCUGACGCCGCAAAGUGUGCUGAAAUAACGGAUUUAUUUAAGCAGUGUGCAGGUGGUGAUGAGGACAGUGGCAAAGAGGCAGAAAUAUCAAAGUGGAGUGAGCAGGAAGCAGAAACAGCCUCGCUCUUGUGGCAAAGUGCACACUCUGCAGUUAAGAGCCUGUGUGAUGAUGCUCACUUCUAUCUGGUUUCCCUCUUCGGACAACAGACAGUCAGUACAUUGUUGAAGACCACAGAGGAUGGCAUAAAAGAGAUAUCACAGGCUGUGGCUCAUGCUUUGAAUACAGUGGAAUUGUACAUCACAGAACUUCUGCAUGCCGCCGGAAUUGAUGCCAAACUUCAGAAGCUCUUCACCCCUGAAGGUGUGGUCCUUGCGGGUCAGUGGGGCUUUCUGGCUGUGCCUCGAUACUGGCUGCUGUUUGCAGGUGUAAUAGCAUUGUUUCCACUGAAGUUCAUCUUUGUCAUUGGCACAGUACUCAAGUGUGUAUACUGGCUGCUGUCUUUGGCAGUUUGCCUGUUUGCUGGUGCUAUUAGACUAGCUUUGUUUCCUCUGAAAUUCAUCUUUACCAUUGUCAAGAUAUUCAAGAAGGUCAGGAAGCUGGCAAGACCACUGAGCGAGAUAAGGAGGAAGAGAAAACAAAAAUGAGAGCAACUAAAACUAAAUAAGCAAUGGGGCUAGAGCUGGAAAACACUGAUUCAUGCUUGGAGGCUAACUGCAUUUUGUUGUCUCUGAACAUGUACACUGCACAAUGACAAUAAAGUUGAAUCUGAAUCUACAA